CAUUCAUUUCUCAAGAGAAACUACCAUCUGUGCCACUCAUGAUUAAUCGCUGAUCAUUUGUAAAGGUAAACACGGUGUCAUUUUUUGUGAUUGUCGUGACCAACGUUUGUUUUCGGCGUGAUCGGCGUUUAAUGACGUCGUGAUCGACGCCUGGCAGCGUCGUGAUCGGCACGUGAUGCGUCCCCUCCCCGUCUGCGAUGCAGAAUUAAUGCGUGUAGUUGUGCCUAAAUCCGUCGGGUACUGCGUUGUCGCCAGGGAGGGGUCCCCACUGCGUCCCCAAGGUCACACUGGUCACAGACUGUGACGAAGCGACGGCCACAUUCGGGGCUCCGGUCGCGUUCAGUCAACAUCAGCUGAGCUAUCUCCAAGCUAUUCUGCGCAGUGCGCCGGACUACGCAUCACUUCCUGUGCGAUCUCACAAACUUGUUCGAUCCUUUCCGAGCAACUGAGGUUGUUUUGACUUCCGUGAGCUUCUGUGAGUACCCCGUCACUUCUUAUACAGCUCCUGAGACUUAUCCGUCCGUUCACCAGUGCCCGUCAUGAGUUCAACCCUCCCAUCCGUCUCGCUUGUUUUCCGCACACUGCUGGCGAUGUUGCUUCUCCAAACAAACUGCCUGGCCCAGAUGGUCAUCGCCCGAGGCUACCAGCCAUUCGGCGUACCGGACUCUGUAGCUUCAGGGCCGGUUCUGGAGACCGUCCUGGUCAGAUCGUCGGGUGAAUGCGCCUCUCGUGCGCUCCUCUACAACAGCCUCGGGUUUAACCUCCAGCGGACGGCAGAUGCCAGCGGCCAGCGUUCCUGCCAACCCACCAACACCGUCCCAGGCUGUCAUAGUGUUAACCUGGAGCAACGAACCGGCUGGGACUACUACCUAACCGGGAGGUCAGGUCAAAACGAGGCGGUCACAGCCCGUACAGACGGCUACACUAUCAAUACCUACGUCUCCGAUUGGUCCAGCUACCCGGCUCUGCUGGCCACGGACGACCCCCACCGGCGCUGGGGGGUUGACUGUAACCGGCCGGCCACGCAAAGUCCUGAUAGAGAGUGCAGCAGAUACAUCCUGACCGGCAUCGAUGACGGCGAUUACCGCUUCGACGACCUCGACUAUGCGCGCUGCUUCACGUACGGAACUGAACUCCGCGUCUCGGAACAGCUCGCCACAAAGCUCCCCGUGGAAAUCACGCCCGACCAGCCGGCACAGGAGUGUCCACCGAACCACGUCGUCACCGCCCUCUCAGACGACAACUCCUACUUCGGCAACGUCGACUGGAUGAAGUGCGCCCUUCUGCUGGCCAACUGGAGGGUCAACUACGACGACUGCAUGUUCACGGACCCGAGCACGAUCGGCGGAAGCACCACGGCAUGGGGCGGCAGCUGGAACACCGGCACGCCACAGGAUCUAGUGUACGGCGUGGUUGGUCUGUGGAGGACUGGGUAUAUCUAUACCGGAUUCAAGCAGUGCAGGCUCUACAGGGUGGCCUAGAGUAGCAGUGAAGUUAUGUUGAUCUAAACGCUCGCCGCUGACCAGCCAGCCGACUGGUCUCUCAAUAGAGUUCUGAGCCUUGUCGCGCUUAGAAGUGUUAUAUGUCAGCCCACGUAGUGAUGCAUGCCAUUGAACCUACAUUCGAAAUGCUAAGCACGCACAAAACAAUAAACGCUAUUUUUAUUGAU